AUGCUCGCCGCGCUGCAGCGUCUCGACUCAGAGACUGGAGACCGCGAUCCAGGGGAGGAGAGAGACGGUGCAGCGCACUCGGCGACGUCCUUCUUCCCCCCCCCUCUGGCAGAGAGAGGCACGGCCUUGCGCGGCGAAGGUAUCUCUCGGCGUCGUCGCUCUUCUACCGUUGCGGGCAGCCUCCUCGACAGACAGGCGCCCCGGCAACCCAGCGCGACUCCCCCCCCGUCUUCCUCUCCACGCGCCGCCGCUUCGUCCGCUGCGUCCUCAGCCGCGCGGGUGGGUCCGGUCCGCCUCGUCGCGCGCCUCGCGCGGCGGUUCGCGGCGGCUGAGGAAGGAACUCCGCCCCAGCACCGCCCGAGGCAGCGGACGCAAGAGGACACGAGGAGCGAGCGCGCGCUGACCGACGCAGCUUGGCGGACGCUUCUCACGCCGGCGCUGCGCCACCGCGGUCGUUCACCGCUCCGCGGCAGCAGCUUGUGGGCGGUCGCAGCCCGCGGCGAGCGCGCGGAGCUUUCGACGUCCUUCGUGACGUCGGCGCGCGCACUGGGCCUCGAGCGGAGCCUCCAGCUGGCGGAGGAAGGCCGGCAGGAAGAAGGCAAGUCCCUUCUGCUGUUGGGUGAGGUCUUGCUCGCGCGCGCAGCCUCCGCCUCUUCCGCGUCGUCUGCCGCAGCGGGGGAGGAGCGACGCCUGGCGAACCCGGACGCCAUCCUGUGGCUCCUGUAUCUGCUCUCAUCGAAGACUGCCGGGGGGAAUGAGAGCGCGGACUGGCGCGCAGCUCCAGCGGAAGGGAGAGGCGAGAAGCACGCGCUGUGCCGCGACGGCCUCCGCGCGUCGGAGCUCUCCAGACAAGUCUUGCGGGUCGCAGGUGUACCUACACCGCACCUGGACGCGCAGCUGCUGCGCAGGGCCUUCUCUGGCCAACUCCAGAGGCCCGCACCCGAGGACGUCCCUGGCGAAGUUCCGGCCUUUCGCCGCGCCCCAGAGGCGCCGCCUGCGAUUUCGCAUGUGCUCUCGCUCCAUCUGAAACAAGAAGUCGUCGCGGCGGCGACUCGCCUAGGCUUCGGCGGGGCGGACGCGUUCAGAUGGCUGAAGGCAGCGCGAGAAGAGGGAGAGCGCGAAGCAGAGCGCCUCCCAGACGGUAAAGAGACAGAAAAGAGCGAGCGCCGCGAGCUGAAAGCGAUGGAGGCCACAGCAGAGGAGGAGGAGGAGGGCGCUGGAUACUUGCAGGAGGAGAGGGAGCACUCGCAAACAGAGGAACCAGAGGGUGACGAACGCAAGCAGGACGAAGGGCCAGACGACGCGACGAAGGACGAGGAAGUCACACUUGCUCCGAGUGUACAUACACUGCAGAAGACACGCGGAGUGGGUGUUGUGACUAGCCGAAGGCAGAUUCGCGCUUCGUGGCCAGAGGUGUCUGCGCUGGAAAGUUCGAAGGAAAGCGAGCAAGAGGAAGAUAAUGCGGUCGUUUGCGCGUCUUCACGUCCCGGGGCGACGCCGUGGGGCGAUCGCGUUCCCUCGCUUCGUUCGCUGUUUUCUCCUCCGCCGUCGUCCGCGUCUUCGCGCGCCUCCCAUUCCGUCUUUGCGUUUCGCAAGUUUCGUUCCUUCUCGCUCGCACCGGAUGCCUCCUCUGUCGACGGCGACGACGGCGCGCGGCUGUGCCUUCCUGACGGCGCGGGAGAGGCGUCGGGCGCUGUCUCUCCGUUGCAGCCCCCGCAGGCGGCUCGCGGAGACAGGGACCCGCGAGCCGGCGGACGAUGCUCAGCGCGAGGAAACGGCGAUUUCUUCCGCCUAGACAGAGUGGCAACGCUGCGAGCGCGCAUGAACGGAGCUCCGUCGAGUUCGCGCUUGUCGCCCGACGCCGCGAGUUGGUCGCUCCUUCCUCCUUCCGACCGGCCUGCAGCUGCUAGUCUGUCGCGCGUCUUCCCCGCGGCGCCAAGUGCGUCGUCUUUGUCAGGCGCUCCUUCUGGACUUCAGCCGGCGGCGGAUGCGCUGGCUGCAGCUUCAGAGGGCACUGCCUCCUCCGUCUGCGCGGUGCUCCGCCUUGGGGAUGCAGGCCUCGCAGUCUCGCCUGCACUUGGACCCGCCUCGGGUGCGCAGGCUUCUCCAGAGACGAGGCAGCUCUCGCAGGGGGCCUCCGUGACUGCGCCGACGAGCUUUUUCGCCUUUCCGCACAGGCCGUUCUUCUUCCCGGAGCGUCCGGGCGACCGGAGAACAGGACUCCUCGACGCGGGGUUCGGCCUUCUGCUGGGGGGCGAGGCCGCGAGCGUGCGGAGACCGAGCGCGGCGCAGAGCGCCGCAGAGAUCGACGACGGACGCUCCAGCGCCGGGGGCUUUCCCCCUGGGGGUCCGAGCUGUGCGCAGCCGUUGCAGGCCUCUGAGGCGACCCAGUUCGCUGUCUCGAUGACAGCGCGUCUAUCUGAUGGACGCGCGCGCGGCGGAGCUCUGCGUGCCUUGCUGCCUCCGCCGGAGCCGCAGACAGCGUCGCAGCCCGAAAAUGAAGCGAGAAAACGGGGCGACCUGGCGCUGAGGGAGAGGCGUCUCUCGCGAGGCCAGACGCCGCCCCCCGCCGAGCAGGCCUCGCGCGUGUCAGGCAGUUCUGCCGCAGGCCCUGAGGCCUGGGAGAGAGAAAUGCGGCAGUGGCUCCUGAGUGCGCAGAGCGGCUGCGACGCGGCCGGCGCGGGGGCGAAGAAGCGUCGCCUCGCGGCUAGAGUGUCGCAGUUCGCUUCCUGGGACCUCCGCGUGCUUCAGCCAAGAGUCCGGAGGGCGGCGAGGACGCUGCGCGCCGCGGGAGGUGGCGACGCGGAGCGCGGGGCCAUGCAGGUGUUUGGGCGCAUGGACGCGCGAGCUGCGGGCGGCGUGGGCAGUCUUCUCUCCACUGCUUAUUGCACCAUGACGCUAGGAGGCCUCGACAGCAGGCUUGCGCUGUUCGCAAAAAGUAUCCGUGCCGCACCAGGAGCACGUGGAGCGCGUGCGCGCGUCUCUCUCGGCGCGGCCGCCUCCGUGUCGCUCCCCUCGUCCCCUUUGUCUCCUCUGCCCCUGCCGUCCGCAGCUCUCGUGGCUAUCGCUUCGUCCGCCUCGUCGUUUUUCACGUCCUCCGCGCCUGCGGUCUCCAGCCCGCGGCGCCUCACGCUUGCGGCCGUGCUCACAGCCUGCCCGCCUCCACUGCCGCCCUCCCCUGUCCUCUCCCUCGCCGCGCCGCGCCCAUCUCGCGGAAUCGGGUGCUCCUCGGCGCCGUCUCCCGCCCCGUGGUCGCCAGAUGAAGCUCCAUACGAGGCAGACGCGCCGACACGCGCGCCCUUCUGGCUUCACUGCUGCGUCCGCGCGCUGCAGGGUUUCGAGUCGGUCCUUUUCCGCUCCGUUCACUGCGCGGCUUGCCUGCAGGCGCCGUCCAGGGGACUCCCCUCUGCUUCGCCGCCUUCUUCGUCGCGGGCCUGCGCCGCGCCGCGCCCCGUCACGAGGCGGUGCCACGUCCAGUGUCUGAGCUCCUCUUCGCUGCUGACCCAGGAGGCGAAGCGGCAAACCCGAGUCGAGUUUGCUGCCGUCAGGAUUCCCUCUCUCGCGUCACUUCUUCCUCCUCAGGAGGGAGGCGGCGCGCGAGGGAGUGCUGCAGACCUCGCUUCGAGGCCUUUCUUCGCCGCGUGCAGCGACCUGCGCUACAGCCCCGACACAGCCGACGACCGUACAGCGUCGUGGCAACGCUGGCGAGAGGCAGACUUUCGGACCCCAAUGAAUUCCGAGCCUAUCGGCGCAGCGGGGCCUUGGAGUGCCCGCCGAAGCGAACGCGAGACAGAAGCCACCACGUGGCCGCCGGAGAGCCGCGGGGCGUUGAGAGCGAGCUUCAGCGAAGAAGUCGCUUGGGCACCGGUUUUCGAAGAAGUCGCAGAACUCGCCAGCCUCCUCCGACGCCUUCGGGCCUUCGUGGCUUUCUUCUCGUCUCUGGCGCUUCGGGAUCGCGUCUGUUCUGCGGCGGCGCCUCCCGCGUCUGCGUCGCUGCGCCGAGGCGUGGGGAUCACCGUCGGCGCGUUCGUGGCGGCUGUGGAGAGAGCGCUCUCCGAGAUCGACGCGUUUCUGCUCUCAGACGAGGCGUACACGCGUCUCAUCCAUGAGGGCGGAGGCCUCUUUGCUGGGGCUGCGUCCGGAGGCGGCCCGCCGGCCUUUCCCAACUCUCCCCUCGCGCUCCUCCCGCGGCUUCAGGCGUGGCAGAAGCUUUUCCGCUUCCUCGCGAGCCUGUGCUACCUCGACUUCCCUUGGUGCGCGCGCGCCGCCGAGAGUGAGGCAGCAUGGCGGCUCGGCGCCGCGGCCCUGACCCGCCGCGCCGAGCCGAGAAGCAGCGACUGGGAGAGGCCCCUGCUCGGAGGUGCGGAGGCGGCUGGCUGGGGAAUCGCGGACGCCGGCUGGGUGUUUCCCCGAGGCUCGAAGCUUCUCGACAGAGUCUUCCUCUUUGCAGCCUCAGUCCAGGCCGACGCAGCCUACACGCCGCGGCCUCUUGGGUUUCUGUCGCUGGACGAUCUUCUGCUUGGAAGCGAAACCCCGCGGGUGCGCGCCCGCGGGGCUUCACCUUCGCCGUCGCGGUGGGAUGUCGCACUGCAUCUGCUGCUGCUGACCAUGUCUCCGCUGCUUCACUUCCUCGAAAACUGGGUGUUUCGAGCCCGUUUCUACGACCCAUGCGAAGAAUUCAUCUACCAAGGCCCCCCGCCGUUUUCCGCCGCUGCUGCCGCCUCGUCCUCGCUGCCGGACGCGGGAGGCAUUUUAGGAAUGGUCAGCGCCGCGGGGGGCGGACACAGCGAAUGCGUUUCUUUCCUCUUCUCUGCAGAAGCUGGAGAGGGAACCGAACGGAGCGCCUCGGAAGGCGCGGCUGCGGUCGCGGCGGCCGCGCAGACGAAUCUUGCUCUGCCCUCCUUCCUGGUGUCGAUACAGCAGGAAAUCCACAGGGCAGGCCUUCUGCUUUUCAUUCUUCGUCAGGCCUCUCCCAAGGCUUUUCAAGCAGCCAGUCUCGCUACGCCUGCCUUGUCUCCUUCGUCUCCGUCUCUGCAUUCGGAUGAACCUGCCUCCUCUCCCUCGUCCUUUGUCUCCUUCGGGCCUGCCCAGGGCCCCACACAGGCUUCGUCUUCAGCUGUGUCGGCUUUCUCUGCACCGAGUUUGAGCAUCGAGAGCUUCGCACGGUCCCUGGACUCGAGGCAGCUCACCAGCGUCUCUUCUUUCUUGUCCCCCGCGCCAGGCUCUGCGCUUCUUCCGCUUACUCGGGCUCUUCCUCCCUGCGCCGAAUUAGCCUCCUCACUUCUUCUCCCUCGCGACUCCCUGUCUGUAUCUCUGUGUCCUUCUCUAUCGUCCUUCGCGUGCGCGGUCGCCCCGCGUUUCGCGCUCAGCCAAGCGGCGUCGUCUGCCGCGUCUGCGCGCGCGUGUCCCUUCACUGCCGCAGAGGCUCGCACCGGCUUUCGGGCCUCCGCUGACGCAGGCGUCCUCGAGUUCUCCGUCUUCUUCCGAGACCUCGUCCGCGUGGAGAGCAAAGUGCGGCGGCUGUUCGCGGGCGGGUUGCAGCGCGUGUGGCGACUGGUCGAGGCGCAGCAGCUUCACGUGCAGCAGGUCGACGACGCGCGACAGGCGCACUGGCGGAGGGCGCGCGGGCUGCUUCAUCGCAGAAUUCAGUUGAGCCACCAGACGCAGCUGCUGCAGAUGCGGAGGGCACAUCUGUCGUGCGAGAUCAUCCGUGCGGCGGCGGCGCUCGCGUCGCAGAGGUCGACUCCCUGCUCCUCGCUGACCGACGUGUGGCGGCGAGUCCUCAAGAAGCAGAAGGAAGCCCAACGGCAGGCCCUCGACGAACAGCAGCGCGACGCGCGCGCACGCGCUGAGUCUCUUCCGGAGGCGAUCGGCGACGACAACGGGCGCGGGCGGCAGGAGUGGAUACAGGCUGAGCUGGAGAGACGCCUCAAGCUGCAGCGCGUCGAGUACGAGCAACUCGAACUGAAGCUGGAGCAGCUGAAGCAGCUGCAGAGGGAGAUCAGCCGGGCCUGUUGCGAGCCGUAUGUUCCCCCGGGGGGCGCCGCCGCCCACAGGCGCCAGGCCGCCAAGUCGCAGUUUGAAGCGAAAAAACUCAAGGCGGGCGUGGCGCAGGCCGAGCACGAGGUCGAGGCGGCGGCGGCGGCGCUGGUGAGCGCUCAGCUCAUGCUGGAGAGGAGCCGCGAGAGGGCGAGGGCAAGAAGUAUGGAAGAACGACUCCAGCAGGGACGUGAACACAGGGACAGAGGACUGAAAAUUCUGCAGCCUCCGGGAGGCGCAGCUACGAUCGGGGGCCUGCUCAAGACACCGACGCCAGACAGAGACGAGACACCUCGAGAAUGCCGCCGCGACCGGACCGUUCGCUCCUCGCCAUCGUCGCCGUCUGCUUCGCGUGCUGCGCGCUCGUCCUCCGCGCUUUUGGAGGCCACGUCGGUGCCUCACGCACCGCCCGCGGCGUCGUCGCCUCGUUCGCCGCCGCACGUUCAGGCUCAAGAGACCCUGGAAAAGAGGGAUGUCGCGGACGUCGACAGCGCAGAAUUCGACAUGGGCACAGCGCAUGUAGGUGGUUCUGUCGCAGAAGAAGGCGGAACGGACAUGACAGGAGGAAACGAGCGGAAAGAGUCUCCGGCGCCUUGUCUUCCGCUGCCCGCCGCUGACACUGAGGGGCCCGAGCCCGGGACGUGGGCGACGACCGCAGCCUCGAGCCCAAGGGACACUGUGGGGAGCGGCGAGGAGACACCUCGGUUCCGGGGCGGAGACGCAGGCGCAGACGGAGACGGAAAUGACGACGGAAAAGAGGGAAAGUGGACGAUGGAGAGGUUCUGCAGAAAAGGCGAGGAAGGGAUUUUAAAUCGAAGCGUCUGGAUCUGUCUGGGCGGAGCUAUCAGCGCGCAGCAUGCCGUCGCUGACCGCGCCUUCCUCGCCCUACUUGGGCCGCAACAGUUUGACCUACUUGGCUGUCUGGAGGUUGUGAGAAAGUUUAUCCUCUUCGGCGCGUCCGACGUGAUGGGGCAAUUUGCCGUUGACCUGGUGGCCGAGUUGCAGAAGAAAGACAGUGAAGAACGAAACGUGGCGGCUUCUGGCUCUACCUCGCUGCUUCCGGGGUGUACGUACACACUGGAUUCCGGGAAUACUCGGGAGGCAAAUCUCGCGCGGUGUACCGAGCGCGUCAACACACUGUUUUCGUCCGCAGUCGCGUCCAUCCGCGCGUCUCCGGCUCAGCUUCCACGGAUUGACGCGGCCCGAUCCAGUCAAGACUUUCUGAAGAAAUACGAAAAAAGGCCACAUGCUUUCUCUUCUGCUUUCGUCUCUCCGGUGUCGGACUCGAAAGUAGCUGUCUCCUUCCGGCUGUCAAGUGUCUGCGAGGACGCCCCGGCCCAAGGAGGAAGCACGCGCUGGCUGGAGGCCGCAGGCGAUAGAGAGCAAAGGAAACGUGGUCGCAGCGUUGCGGACUUGUUAGCGACCGUGGAGGUCAUGCCGCAGACGCCUUUCCCCGUUAUGCUUUUCUUCGAUGCGGAGACGCGGCGUCACUACACCCGAAUCUUCCAGUUCCUCGCGGUCAUCACAUUUUCUCUUCAUUCCAUCCACCACGUGUGGCGUGGCCUGAGCCGUCUGCACCGCGGGCUCGACGCCCGCGCGCACACCAGGCAAGUGAAUCGUUUUUCUUCUCUGCGGCCGCACAUGCAAGGCUCGGAGCGACGUACUGGAGACUGUCCUUCUUGGCAGAGAGGCGACGGAAAACAGGGGCAGCAGAGAGCGGGCGCGAGAGACGAAACUGGCGAGACAGCCGGCGGAGGAGGGGGCCUUUUCCGUAGACCCAGGACGCUCCUGGCAGAAGGAGGGGGGGGAGGCGACGAGCGCAGCGUCGCGGGAGACCUAGAAAACGAAACACCGUUCACUCUCGGGCCUGGGCUGUACGCGAACAUGUGGCAACUGUGCGUCCGAAUGAAAUUUGUGACCGAAGCGCUUCACGCCUACGUUAUCACUGACGCACUCCAGGCGGAGUGGAAUGACCUUACGGGGUACAUACACCGCAGUACACAGGCCGCUCUGCAGCAGCCCGCGUUUCUACGCGGCACGAGCGGCAGGGAACCAGAUGGCACGCGAGGGCUGGAAGUUCCAGUCUCCACCUCGCAUGCAUCGACGAAGCACCAAGGCGAGACAGACACCACGCCGCGAGAGGGUGCCCUCGAGACUAGGAAUGGCAAUCAAAAUCUACCGCCGCCGUCUUCGUUCAACUCUCUCGUCCCGCUGAAGCGCGAAUCAGGCUGGAUGUCGCCUGUCGCCAGAGAGACUGACGCGGAGGAGGCCUGCACCAGGAAGAUCACCGACAAGGACUUUGGGGCCUUGGAUUCGAGAGCGAUGUCCGCUGCUCGGGGGCGCGACGAAGAAGCGACGGCGUACGGACUGCUCGCCAGGCACAGGAGAACCGUGGCCUCCAUUCAUGCCAGGUGUCUCCUGUCUCCUCGACUGGUGCCCUUGCACAAGCACGUGAUGAGCGUUCUUCGGGCGUCUUGGGCUCUGCGGGCCCUCCAACAGCAGGUCGAGCUCGACGAGCGGCAAUUGGGAAAGCUGCUGGCGCAGCAAGCGGAGCGCUGGGGGGAGCUCAGUGAGCAGCGCAUGCGGCUGGAGGCGGAGGAGGCUGCCGCGAACCGCGUUGUUCGUGCGUCUUUUGCCAGCCUGGCGGCUCCUCCGGCGACCCGCGAGGAGGCAGGCGAAGCGCAGUCCGCCCUGAGAGAGGCCCUUCAACGCGAUGAGGAAGCUAUUUUCGCCGCGAAACGGGGCAUAGAGCGGGCCGGCGUUGCCGCAGGCCUCGUGGCAGCUCAGCAGCUCCUGAAGAUCGAGCAGAACUUCCAAGCGGCGUGCGACGGGCUGAUGGCUGCUCUGCAGAAGCUCGGGCCUCUGCAGCUGCUUGACGCUCUAGCCCUCAGGCUCGAUUUCAAUUGCUUCUACUCCAGACAGGCCAUGCUGAAGGCCGCUCGCGCGAACGGUGCGAGCCGGAUUUUUGGAGAGGUGUAG